UUAAUAAUGACUUCUUCAUUAUUAUUUGUGUUAAAAAAACAACAAGAUGUUCCGUUGAACGACACCCUCUGUAGGUUGUUUAGAUCAACUGCAAAGAGUGACAACCUUAUUCAAAAAGAGAACGGUUUUAGAAUUAAUAUUAAUUUAGAAUCACUGCACAUUUUCUUAUUUGUAUGCACAAGUUAGAUAUCUGCUAGUUUUACUGAAAUUAAUGUAUAUUCAAUCAUGUUUGUCGCAGAACGACGAACCACAGCCGACAAUCCAGCAUGUAAAAUUGUAAAAAAAAAUCGAAUGCGUGCUCAUUCUUUCCGUAGACGAAAUUGCCAUUGCUUUGUAAAGUUCACGACCAAAUGAUUAAUGACAUGUGUACUAAUCUUACGUCAAUACUUUAUUUCACCAGUAGUCAUCGCCAAAGGUCUAUUUUGGCCAAUAACUUGAGGCGUCUUGAGGCUUGAUGAAGCCAAGGAGCAAAAUAGAAAAACUACGGUCGGUGGAGGCAACUUUUAAAGUUGUUCCUUAGAUUGAGGGAUCGAGGAUAACGAAUAGAAGAUAGAUUAAGUCACUGGGCCAGCGUGUUGUCUUCUAAACCCAGGAGAAAGGGAGAGGGCCUGAAUCCAAGGCGUUCAACCUCCUGCAGAACAUUUCAGCGGCACCUGUAGGACUCCACAGAACUCCGCCUCAUUCCCUGGCGACCGGAGGACCGCGUGCAAGUCUGAAUACCAUAGGGACACUUCUGAGGACUCUGCGCGUGUCGCAGCAGGCCAUGAGGCGCUCCAGCACGGACGAGACGCCGUACCGGCGCAGUCCGUCCCUGGACAGCAAGGCCGGCACGCCACCCUUCUCCUCCGGGUUCCACCGCUACAGCGGCGAGUUUGAGUACAAGCGGCCCCCGUUUGCCUUCGGCUUCCACACGGCGAAGGGGCCGCAGGGAUCGAGCGCCGGCCGCUACGGCCAGGGCAAGAAGUACGUGGUGUUUUACCUGGACCUCUCCUUCAUCUUCCUCCUAGAGCUGCGGCGCUGCAGGAUGGCCGAAGGUUGCAUGAUGGGCCUGCGCUACGGCAUGGUCUUCUUCAAUCUCCUCUUCUGGCUGGGAGGGUGUGGCCUACUCGGUGUGGGGGUGUGGCUCUCCGUGACCCAGGGGAACUUUGCCACCCUGUCAUCGUCCCUACCCUCCCUUUCUGCGGCCAAUCUGCUGAUCGCAACGGGAACCAUCAUCAUGGUGAUUGGCUGCCUGGGCUGCGUUGGAGCUGUCAAAGAGAGCCGGCCCCUUCUGCUUGCGUUCUUUCUCUUGCUGCUCCUCAUCUUCCUCCUGGAGAUCCUUUUCAUCAUGCUUUUCUUCAUCCAUCAAGACCAGAUCGAUUACUACGCCCAGAGGGAUCUUAAGAGGGGCCUGCAGCUGUUUGGCACGGAGGGGAACGUUGGCCUGACCAAUGCCUGGAUGAUCGUACAGACUGAUUUCCGCUGCUGUGGGGUGACCAACCACACAGAUUGGUUUGAGGUUUACAACGCCACCCGUGUGCCCGACUCCUGCUGCCUGGAAUACAGCGACAACUGCGGCCUGGACAACCCAGGGACAUGGUGGACGGCGCCAUGCUAUGAGCGUGUGAAGGACUGGCUGAACGAGAACCUGGUGGCCCUGUGGAUAUUCGCCCUGUGCAUGGCCCUUACUCAGAUACUGGGCCUGGUGUUUUCCAUGACAAUGUUCUGUCAGGCGGUGAAAGUGGAGACCUUCUUUGCCUAGCAUCGGGAGCCAACAGCUGGCACAGCUAAAGACUCUCACCACCGUCCUUUGUUUUUUUUAAUCAGAGCGAGAAGGAGAUGCACACGAGACAGAGCUCCCUUCCCACAUCGAAGGACCGUCCUCUUUGUCUCUGUCUGACCCUUUUGAAGCAGACCCAUGGUUGGGCUUGUUAACAUGACAUCUCGCCAUCUUCAGCUAACGAUCCAAGAGCACGGUGUCAGUGCAAUACCCGAAUAGUUGUUGUUUUUUACGAUUUGGCUCUGCGUCAUGUGUGCUCACAUCGCUGAUAAACAUGAAAAUGAAUUAUGGACGAACUCUGAGAAACGUUAACCUUUUCCUUUUUCCUUUUAGUCUCUAUAUUCUGAAUGUGUUAAAUUAUUUCCCGGUUUGUAAAUGUGAUUUUCAAAUGAGAGCACAGUAAACAAAAUAUGCAGAAUGCUGGUGCAGCGAUAAAAAUAGGUUGGGUAAUGCGUUGGGGAAGUGCUCUGAAUGCAUGACUCCUAUGUUGAUAAGUAUUAAAUGUUUUGACUCAUCUAAA